AUAGUUUUAGCCGCAAACAGAUUCAUAUUCCUGGGCACAAAACAAAUUCUGUGGCGGACUCAUCUUCGUGCUUUCCGCCCAGCAAUCACCAUUUCUGUGAAUCUCAGAGCUUUUUCUCCGCAUUGGCAAUGGAGGCUUCAGCCCUUUUCUCUACUUCCUUCUCACCACCUUCCAUUCAUCUUCGAUCUCGUAUUCUCACUAAAUCUCGACCCCAUGUUUUCCCCACUAAAAAAACCAGUUUCCAUCCCCUCCUCCGAUCACCACCACCCGUCGCCACCAACGCUCGCCGCCUCUUCUUCACCACCACCUCCAAACCCUCCCUCUUCACUUCCCUUCCAAAACCCCUCAAACCCAUCUCAGCAGCAUCAACUAGUGUGAGUUCAAUCGCCGAACCAAAGAAAACCCAAUUACAAGGCGCAAAAAUCGUACCCUUAGCUCUUUCAAUCGCGAUCGGUCUACUAGUGCGUUUCGUUGUCCCAAAACCAGUUGAAGUCACUGCACAAGCAUGGCAACUCCUCUCGAUUUUCGUCUCAACCAUUGCCGGACUUGUUCUCUCUCCGUUACCCGUCGGCGCGUGGGCUCUUUUAGGUCUGACCACCACCAUUAUUACCAAAACCCUUACAUUCACCACGGCGUUUAGCGCCUUCACCAACGAAGUCAUUUGGUUGAUUGUGAUUUCUUUCUUCUUUGCUCGUGGGUUUGUUAAGACCGGAUUAGGGGAUCGAAUUGCGACCUAUUUCGUGAAAUGGUUAGGGAAAAGUACACUGGGUUUGUCUUAUGGAUUAACUUUGAGCGAGGCUUUGAUUGCUCCGGCGAUGCCCAGUACCACCGCCAGGGCCGGCGGUGUGUUCUUACCCAUUAUUAAGUCCCUAUCACUGUCAGCUGGGAGUAAACCCAACGAUCCAUCUUCAAGAAAACUCGGCUCAUAUCUUAUUCAAUCUCAAUUCCAGAGUGCGGGAAAUUCUAGUGCUCUUUUUCUAACUGCUGCAGCACAAAAUCUUUUGUGUCUAAAAUUGGCUGAGGAGCUUGGAUUAGUGAUUGCAAGUCCAUGGGUUUCAUGGUUCAAGGCUGCAAGUUUGCCUGCUUUUGUUUCACUUUUACUUACUCCAUACAUUUUGUACAAAAUCUACCCUCCGGAAACAAAAGAUACACCAGAGGCCCCUGCCAUGGCUGCAAAAAGGCUUGAAGCCAUGGGUCCUGUCACAACUAAUGAAUGGGUCAUGAUUGGCACCAUGAUUCUUGCAGUGUCUCUAUGGGUACUUGGGGACAAAAUUGGCAUACCAAGUGUAGUCACCGCAAUGUUGGGAUUAUCGGUAUUGUUAUUAUUAGGAGUACUCGAAUGGGACGACUGCUUAAGUGAGAAAUCGGCAUGGGACACUUUGACUUGGUUUGCAGUUCUUGUAGGAAUGGCGGGUCAAUUAACAAAUCUUGGAAUAGUGACAUGGAUGUCUAGUUGUGUAGCUAAGUUCCUUCAAUCUUUCUCUUUAAGUUGGCCUGCAGCAUUUGGUGUUCUUCAAGGAGCUUACUUUUUAAUCCACUACAUGUUUGCGAGUCAAACGGGUCAUGUGGGUGCCUUGUACUCCGCUUUUCUUGCUAUGCAUUUGGCGGCCGGAGUCCCCGGUGUGUUGGCGGCACUUGCUUUGGCUUACAAUACGAAUUUGUUCGGUGCUCAAACUCAUUAUAGCAGUGGUCAAGCCGCGGUUUACUUUGGAGCGGGAUAUGUGGACCUCCCUGAUGUAUUUAGAAUUGGAUUCAUUAUGGCUUGUAUCAAUGCGGUGAUUUGGGUGGUUGUUGGCGGUGCAUGGUGGAAGUUUUUGGGGUUGUACUGAUUCUUAAGUACUUCCAUGUAAGUAGAAGACAUCUUUCAUUUCCGAUAACACCCUUCAUUCGCGAUAGGGUUUUGAGCACCAAAGAAAACUACAAUACACAAAUUUUGUACUUUUGGGUUUUGACCUUUUGGUAUCAACAAUGAACGCAUGUAACAAAGACUUAAUUGAGAAAGUCAGAUUGUUGAGUUG